AUGGACUACCUGCUCGUCUACGCAGUGGCCGAAUUUCUACUUUCUAUUCAUAUCUCUCUGUCAAAUCUACUUGUACUUUAUGUCUACAUCCGAAAAAAAGAUGUUAGAACCGUUACGAACACCUACAUAUUCUCAUUGGCGCUUACAGAUUUCUUAGCUGGAUGUCUAGGCAUUCCAGUCACCAUAGUAUCGGUGUUAACUCGACGACCUCAAACCUUUUACGGAUGUCUUUUUGUACAUCUUAUUCUCUGUAUACUCUGUACUAUCUCUACAUUUCAUAUGCUAGCCAUAGCCGUAGACAAGUAUGUAACUAUCUGCUGCCGUGAUCAACUAUUCCGCUCCAGGUGA